AUGAACGCAAAACCCGGUUCAAGCCCAGUGUCGCGACUUAGAGGCCUGAAUAAAUCCGUUGGAGGACUUGUAAGGUCAAAGUUACGGAGAGUACAUACUGCUAAUACAGAGAAAGAGCUUUUAAAGACUGUCGAUGGCGCCGGGUUUCCUGGAAUGGCCGACGAUUUCAACCUGCGAGAAACCACUCAUUAUCAAGAGGAAUCCCGUCGUAUUUCCACUGUAAAUGUGCCUUCGUUCAAGUUGCGCGCCAGCACACGUCAAGGAUUUGACGGCAAAGACAGUGUUCUAAGCAGGGGAGCGGAAACUGUAGAUAAACAAACCAGUUUUAACAAGGAGUCUCAAACCUGCGGCUUGGAUUACAGAGAUUUUAAAUCAAGCGUUAUUCACUCAAGAAUUCGAGAACUUAUUCGCCAAAUAUUGCUCUCUCACCUAGACAAGUGGGAAUUCAAUCCUGUCAUUUGCGGUGAAAAGUGCCGCAAAAUAAGUAAAGCAAUGGAAAAUGAUGUCAAACUAUUGUUCAGUGCCCGAUACAAAAUCACUGCGCUGGUGUACAUCGGUGCGAUUCGCGACCGAGGUAUUGAGCUUUCCAGUCAAUGUGUCUGGAAUCCAAGCACUGAUAGCUUUUCUAUGGCUACCUUCACGAACGAUUCUCUGCAUGCUACAGGAAUUGUUUUUGCGACUUUAUUCAGUGACUGA